AUGAAAACAAGUAAAGAUUUGUGUAAAUUUUUUUGCAAAAAAUGUAAUAAUUUUAUAUUUUAUAAAGAGGCGUGUGAUUUAAUAUUUGAAAAAAUAUAUCCUCAAUAUUCUAAAUUAUAUUAUAAUAAAUAUGUGUUAGAUAAAAAAAAAGUUAAUGAAAAUAAUGUAAAAAUUUACGAUAAUUUAUAUAGGCAAAUAUAUAGUAAUGGGUUAUGUGGUGUUAAUAAGCAAAGGAAUUGUUUUUUAAACAAAGAUAAUAUUUACAAUAUUCUAAGUUAUCUUAAUAAAGGAAAUAUUGAAUGCAAAAAAUGUAAUAAAAUUAACAUGUGGUAUAUUAAGUAA